CAGACCCUCUCCGUAGCCUGGAAAAUUCCUUUCCUUUCCUUUCCUUUCCUUUCCUUUCCUUCCUUCCCCAUUAGCAUCCUCAUCAUUCUUCCUUCGUCUUCCGUCGAGUCAAAGAAAACCAAACCCUUUAUCAAUCGGAUCUUCAGCCUGCUGCGUGCCGCUUUGUCUAUUCCUUCCGAUCUCCUCGUCGGCUCAGAAAAUGGCUUUAGGUGGAACAGCUCCCCCAAGGGGAAGUGCGGCUGCUACUGCUAGCUUGAGGAGGAGGAGGACCUCAAGUGCUGGAGCGUCUGGUGGUGCAGCCGGGACCAUGCUCCAGUUCUACACCGAUGAUGCUCCCGGACUGAAGAUCUCUCCUAAUGUCGUUCUUAUCAUGAGCAUCGGGUUCAUAGCUUUUGUUGCUGUGCUUCAUGUCAUGGGGAAGCUCUACUUUGUUCGCCGGUAGUCAUGUAGGCGAAUUGACACCAGGGAAGAGGGUGCAGUUCAUGUAGUAGUUUACAGUUCUGAAAGGAUAAACCAGUAGUCAUUUUGAUUUUGAAGACCACAUACUCAGUUUUGUUUUGUUUCGAACCCGGUAAUUUGAUACAGUAUCCGUGUUGGUUCUCUCUGUCUCUCUCUCGGAGUUGAAGGUUUGGUUUUCUCA